GGAAAACCCGCGAUCCUUCGAUGAUAUAAUACCCUCGGCAGUCCUCUUGCACUCCCGUUCGCCGAUCCUUCUUCCUUCCUCGCACUCUUUAUUGUCUGCCUCUCUUCGUCCGUGGAAGUCUGGCUAGAAUCAUGUCGACGGAAAAGAAGCAGUCACCAUAUGGCUCGUCCGAGGACUUCUCCACCGUGGUUCAUGCAAGUGACGAGCGGGCCAUUGAGGCACAGAGACGAUUCGAUGAGGCCGACGCUGCUAAUGUGCCAGGGAGAAAGCAAAUUGGCCUCGUUUCGGCCAUCUUCAUCAUCUUCAACCGAAUAAUCGGGACUGGUAUAUUUGCGACACCAAGUACCAUCCUUGGCCUGAGCGGUAGCGUUGGGCUUGCGCUUUUCAUGUGGGUCAUUGGCUCCGUCAUUGCCGCCGCGGGAAUGUGGGUAUAUAUCGUCUGGGGCACAGCGAUACCCCGUAACGGUGGAGAGAAGAACUACCUCGAAUAUCUCGUCCGCCGUCCCAAGUACCUCAUCACCGCGCUGUACGCGGCGAAUGGUGUACUACUCGGCUGGGCAUCCGGCAAUUCCGUUGUAUUCGGCGAUUACCUGCUCACUGCGGGUAACGUCACCGACCCUGGGAAGCACGACUGGAAGCCGCGCCUGAUCGGCUGGGCGGGCCUCACCUUCUGCUUUAUCCUGCAUGGCACGCGGCUGCAGUGGGGUCUGCGCCUGAUGAAUAUCCUCGGGGUAAUCAAGGUCAUCAUUGUAAUCAUCGUCAUCAUCACCGGGUUCGUUGCCCUUGGAGGACACUUGAAAGUACCGAAGCCGCAUAACUUCUCGCAUGCGUUCGAUGGCACGACCGCUAACGCUCCGGCUUUCUGCUUGAGUUUGUACAACGUCAUCUGGUCAUACAUCGGCUUCAGUAACGUCAACUACGCGCUUUCGGAAGUGAAGAACCCCCAGCGUACCGUUCGCAUCGCAGGUACCCUCGCUAUUGGUAUCAUCACUGUUCUCUACAUCCUCUCCAACAUCGCAUACUUCGCUGCUGCGACGAAGGAGGAGAUCACCAACUCCGGCACCUUGGUUGCCGCGCUGCUGUUCCGCAAUGUCUACGGCACCUCCGCCGAGCGCGCUCUUGAUGUCUUUGUCGCGCUCUCUGCUCUGGGCAACGUCCUCGCUGUCAUCUUCUCUCAAGGACGCGUGAAUCAAGAGCUCGGCCGUGAAGGCAUCCUCCCAUUCAGCAAAUUCUGGGGUACCAACCGCCCGUUCAACGCUCCCUUGGCAGGCCUUGGUCUCCAUUGGUUCAUCUGCACCAUCGUCAUCUGGGCUCUUCCUCCCGGUGAUACCUACAACUUCGUCAUCAACUCCAUCUCAUACCCCCUCUCCGUCAUCAACGCCGUCAUCUCCUUCGGCAUCGUGGUCCUCCACUUCCGCCCAUACCCCGAUUGGAUCCGCCCGUCGCCCUUCGCCGUCGGGGCAGCCGCCUUCUUCGGCGCGGCGAACGUCUUCCUCUUCGUCGUGCCCUUCAUCCGCCCGCCCGCCGGCGACAGCCCGUACAAGCACCUACCGUACUGGACCCAUGCCGUCGCGGGCUGGUCCGUGUUCGGGAUCGGCUUCCUGUACUGGAUCGUAUGGGGGCACGUACUCCCGAGGAUCGGGCGAUACCGCUUGGAGAGGCGGGAGGAGGUCGGCCAGGACGGGCUGCGGCGGCAUGUGUUCGUGCGUGUCAAGAGUGCUUAAAAUCAAAACAUGGGUUCCCCGGGGUUCAUGGACUGAGACUGGCGUCGUCGUUGCGAAUAUCCCCGCGCAAACGUUUAAUGACUAUCUUAUGGCUCCUGUUUCUGUAGCAGUAUUGAGACCGACCGCCGUAACUGGCGUUCCCUCCUGACGAUCGCAGAGCUUUGCAAACCGAAGGUUGCGUGAUCAAGACGCCUGAUUCCGGAUUCCUGCGUGGCUCCGUGCACUUGACCGGGCUCUCAUUCACGCCCUUGCCCCUGCGAGAAACGCUGCUCC